AUGCCGUUGAGUUCGGAGCGCCCCAAUGUCCGUCUCUCACCCAACCUGGUGCAUCGAGACCAUCAAAUCUUCCACAACGAUGACUCCCGAGAGAUCCACGUGGUCGAAAACAUCGUCUCGAGUCCGUCAGGAAAUGACGAUGUCGCAGACGAAGGGCGAAAUAACGCCUCGCUUGCUGAAGCUUUGGAAUCCCACAGCCCGUUCAAUCGUCAUCGAGCUUUUUAUGCCGGGGAUCCGCAGGGCGUUGUCCAAUCCGUCAUGGCUAUCUGUGCCGAUCAAGACCCGGAACCGCAAGGGAUCAGACCUGUUGUGCACCAUCAACGCAACGCGCCGAAGCCGAAGAAGGCGUGGCAGACCAACGACCUCAUCUACCUCCAGAGCAAGGGAGUCUUUGACCUACCCUCGGCAGAGGUCUGUGAUGCCCUGGUCCAGAAGUACUUUGAGCACGUCCACCCUCUGCUGCCUGUCAUUGACGCCGGCCACUUCUUGUCUCAAUACGCCCGCAACGGGGCGACAGCCAUGAAUCUGCUCUUACUGUGGAGUGUUCUCCUUGCUGCUGCAAACUUUGCCACUCCGGAAGAUUUGCAGACGGCGGGUUAUCCUUCAAGGAAAGCGAUGAAGCGUGCACUAUACGCCAGGGCCAAGGUAGGAGGAACCCUGAACAGGGGAGGUGGGAGAGUGCUCACCAUCUCGAGACAGGCAUUGUACGACAGCGACUACGAGGACGACAAGGUGUGCGUGGUCCAAUCCGUGACGCUGCUGGGCUUCUGGUACUCGGAUCCCGAAGACCGAAGUGGGCCGUGGCACUGGAUGGGCAUCGCCAUCGGUCUUUGUCAAGUCAUGGGACUCUACCGCACGCCGCGGUCGGGCUCACUAAGUCCAUAUGCCACUCUUCGGUCACGUCUUUUUCGCCGGAUCUGGUGGUCGUGCUUCAUGAGAGAUCGUUGGCUGUGCCUGGGCCUGGGACGGCCGAUGCGCAUCAACCUCGAGGACUGUCAGGUGCAAAUGCCCGAGCCCGACGACAUCACCAUGGAGCUGGGCGACCUGGACCCAGACGUCGCCACCAAGUACCUCCCCGCCGCGAUGCCAGAGCACGCGGAAAUCUGGGUGCGGUUGAUCCAUCUGAGUGUGGUCCUGGGUAAGAUUCUCCGGCAAAACACACGACCGCCUUUCGACCCCAAUGGCUUUCGGUCGUGCGAGACCGACUUGGAAAACUGCCGGUCAUCGGCACGAGGUCUGGACCAUCAGAACGAAUUUUCCGUGGCGUCCUUGAACGAGUUCCAGUUUGAACUUCUGAGACAAGCGGUCAUCAUCGUGCUACAUCGGUCGAGGAUAAAUUUCCGAGAUCCGCCCGACAGCGUCAAGACACCUGAACAGGUAGAGUCGCUCCGCAAGGCUCGCUCGGCGGCGGUCCGAAUUAAUCACCUUGUCGAAAUGUUGAUCGAACAGGACAUGGUCCAGUAUUUGAGGCCGAUGAAGUUGACCCUGACGGGCGGGCGGACGCACCGCAGCCUCACGGCCAUCAUCACGGCCAUGCAGAUUCAUCUCUACGAGUGCCGGUCCAGCCGACCACUGAUCCACAACCUGGCCUGGUCCAAGCUGGAAGUGUGCAUGAUGGUCGUGUCGGAGCUACGCGAGACGUACUGGGGCGCCAACUUUGCCUUUAAGCUCUUUGAGGUGGCAAAGGCCAUGUUGCAGAAGCGGUCCCAUCAUCGCCAUCACCACCACCACCACCACCACAGCGGCGGGGGCAGCAGUGACCUGGUGGGAUCGUCACUAACAACGACCACCAUCGCCACGAGACAUAAGGCCGCCGCCAAUGACAACGUCCACGACGAUGAGACGGCUUUGAACACGGACGGCUUGCUGGAUGAGGGAGACGCGCUGGAUUGGUUCAACGACCCAUUCCUCUCGACCGGCCCGUGGGCCAUGGACACGUCUGCCUUUGACUUUGGCGAGUCCUACAUGAAUCCUCUUGAUCUUCAGCCCGCCACAGCCUCUGCCGCCACGGCCGCCGACCCUUGGAGCCUCGACGGGUUCCAGCACGUGCUCGACGCAUCCUUUGGUAUGGACGCUUAG